CCCAUAAUCACGACCAAUUGCCCUUCUGCCUCACUUACGAUGACAGCCUCUACCGCAGAGCAGCCAGUCACAGGUCCGCGCCCUUACACGCCUGGCGUUGCUCCGAUCAAAGCCGAGUACCUCAUAGCAACCAGCCAUUUCACCUCCAGACCAGACGACGAUGCUGCCGAGUCCCACACCGGACCAGUAAAGCGAGCCGCCUCGGCCGAAGCUGAGCGGCCAGCUCACAUAGACGGCCGCGCCGAUACCAAUGGAGGAGGAGACGGAGAUGGCGAAGGGCCAAAGAAGCUCAAGGGAGCCGCUCGGAAGAAAGCCAAGCAGGCGGAGAAUCGAGCGAAGCAGAUGGAGAAGAGGCAAGGAGGAUCGCAAAACAAGAACCGCAGAUUCAUGGCCGCUAACGAUGAGGUCGGCGUGUGUCAUGCCAUUGCCGAAGGCAAGACCUGCGAGAGAGGUGAUGCCUGCAAGUACUCACAUUCGAUCACGGACUAUCUCAAGGCGAAGUCACACGACAUCUAUCUUCCAGUACCUCCACUGCCGGACGCUUCGCAUCUGCCCCUUUCGUACGGCUCCUUGUGGAAGCUGGGCGAGGCCGACAAGAAUGCGUUCCUCGAUGGUUACUACACUGUGGAGGAGCCAUUCGUAUCUUGGGCUGUGAAGGCCCUGGAUCAUGAUCAGCCAGUGGCUUCCUCGAGCCGGGGCGAGGCGUCCACUUCGGCUCUGAAGAGCAUUGCGCAUUCAUUCGAUCCUCGAACGACAUGUCCGACGUACCACUCUCUCCAGAGCCGGCCUCUGUGGGAUGCUUCCGCCUCCAAGGUAGGUCCUCGGUGCCCUUAUGGCUUCAAGUGUCGUAUGCUAGGCGCCCAUGUCAAGCAACUACCUCGUGGGGCUGAGGGUGAAGCAUCAGGAUACCUUGGAAGUGGACUGGACCUUCCCUGGGAGGAAUCGUCCGGAGAGACGUGGAGGGGAGCUUUCGACGAGACCAAUUACACAGAUCCGACAUUGAGCAAGACUUUGAGGACCAAAAAGUACCCGCUGCCACGCACAAAAGCUGUGACAGCCCUCCUGGCGGAAGAGGAGCGGGCCUAUCAGAAGGACCCGGUAGAUCCGAAGGGCCCCCUUCCCAUCGACCUGCAAGCCAUAGACAAGGCUGCUACUGCCGCUGCUAGCGCACCUGUCGAUGAAGAGGAUCUCGAUGCUAUGGCGAACGCGCGGGCGGAAGAGGCAGCUCAAUCGCAGAGCAGGUCAGACGUGGACCUAGCACGCAUCCGUCGUUCCGAAAAGCGAAGGCUCGAUUGGCAUCAUGGCGAGCUCUACCUCGCACCAUUGACCACGACUGGCAACUUGCCUUUCCGUAGGAUCUGUGCCACAUUUGGCUCUGACAUCCAUUGCGGUGAGAUGGGACUGGCAGGCAGCUAUCUCGAAGGCAACAAGUCAGAGUGGAGCUUGGUGAGGAGGUGGGAAGGCGAGAAGACGUUUGGUAUCCAGCUCUGUGGAUCAAAGCCGGAGCUGUUGGUGCCUACCGCAGAAGUCAUGGCAAAGGAGUUCGGCCCUUCUGGAGGACUCGACUUCGUUGACAUUAAUUGCGGCUGCCCCAUCGACCUUGUCUUCAAUCACGGCGGUGGUUCUGCACUCCUCGACCACCCGCGCAAGCUUGGGCGCAUAGUGAGGGGCAUGGAUGCCGUUCUAGGAGACAUUCCUGUCACUGUGAAGCUGCGUACCGGUGUGACAUCGAAGAAUACGAGUCACCAUCGAAUCAUGCCCAAAGUCCAGACCGAGUGGGGCGCGGGAGCUGUUACUAUGCACGGUAGGAGCCGCAAACAGCGCUAUGCCCGAAGGGCAGACUGGGACUACAUCAAGCAGUGCGGACAGGAGCUCAGAGAGAGUGUACGGCAAUGGAACGAAGAGAGCAAGACUGCCGACGAAGAGGAGAUGGCGCCCAUCCCCUUCUACGGCAAUGGCGACGUCUACUCACAGCAGGAGUAUUACGCAAACCUCGCCAAUACCGGAGUAGACGGCGAGAUGAUUGCCCGAGGCGCUCUGAUCAAGCCUUGGAUCUUCACCGAGAUCAAGGAGCGCAGAGACUGGGACAUCAGCAGUCGCGAGCGGCUCGACAUUAUUCGGCAAUUUGCCCACUACGGCCUGCAACACUGGGGAAGUGACACUCAAGGCGUGAACAAGACGAGGAAGUUCAUGUGUGAAGCCAUGUCCUUCUUCUACCGCUACGUUCCACUGGGUCUACUCGAGCAUUUGCCGCCGUCGAUGAACGACCGGCCCCCACUUUACCGAGGCCGAGACGAGCUCGAGACACUCCUCUCUUCGGACGAUGCCGGAGAUUGGGUCAAGAUCACCGAGAUGUUCCUCGGCAAAGCGGAGAACUUCAGCUUCGAGGCCAAGCACAAGAGCAACAGCUACGCGGACUCUGCGGAGCAACAGGGCUGAGUUGCACGAGGAAAGCGAAGGAGAAACAGGCAGAUCUGCGGACUACAAAGCAAUCAGAACUUUCAUUGCUGCAAAACGCUGUUUGCUCCCAGGAUGUGGACGUUUGCGACAACGUCAAUGGUUGUCAAACUCUUGCCUGUUGCUGUGUGAGCCUGCACAAUCCAUCGUUGCGCUCUUUCUUGGACCGUCCGGGUUGCUGUGUGCCGAGCUUCACCUCUGUGCGCGACUUCUGCAGCCCUGUCCGCUACCGAAUGUAUCCGAUCGCACAGCAACCCAGCGCGCCGUCCUCGAUUGCCGUUUGCCAGUCUGACGCGACGUUUGCCCGAUUGCUGUGAUGUGCGGUGGCAGUGACCGAAUAAAAGGCAAUGUCGAUGGGUCUUGAAAGUAUUCUCGCUGUUGCAGCGUCGCCACUCAACGCCGCCACCACUUCUCUCCCAGCUCUUUCAGCUCUACCAAUCUCACCUUCUGCCCUGCCUCCCUCCAGCGCUCAG